AUGCGCGGGGCCGCUUCCGAACGGGGCUCUAGGGGAAGGAAGAAGUCUCGUACGGAAAACGGCUGCGAUGCGCGGGGCCGCUCUCGAACGGGGCUCGAGGGGGAAGCAAAGGAGCAGCUCUACGACGAGCUGCUCGACCGCGACGCGCAGAAACAGUUGGAGACGCCGCCGCCGGCCUUGAAUUGGUCGCUGGAGAUCACUGCUCGCCUCAGCUCCCGGAUGUUCGUCUUGUGGAACCGCAGUGCGGGCGACUGCCUGCUGGACUCGGCCAUGCAGGCCACCUGGGGCGUGUUUGAUCGUGACAAUAUCCUGAGGCGGGCACUCGCCGACACAUUACACCAGUGCGGACACGUGUUCUUUACUCGCUGGAAAGAGUACGAGAUGCUGCAAGCUUCGAUGCUGCACUUUACGCUGGAGGACUCGCAGUUCGAGGAGGACUGGAGUACACACACUCACCGAGGCCCGCCUCACUCCAUUUUAACUCCUCCGGGAUGGUGGUCAGCCUAUCCAUGAUGGCUGCCAGUCUCAGGUGUCCUUCGUCCUGAUCCUCCUGUAAUCUUCCUGUCGGGGCAGUCGGCGUCCCACUUCUGUUCACGUGGCCACUGGUAUCUCCGAAAAAUUUUGAGUCCCGCGGGAAAACCACGUGGCGGCGUCGGGCUUCGGAUUGCCGGUUACUAUGUGCAUCGGCCGAUCGUGGCUCGACUGGUUGCGGCGCUGUGGCACUGCCGAUAAUGUCGUGCUUUGCGUCGGGGGGCUUUGCCGCUGCGGGCUUUACCGAGAAUGUCGUGCGUUGUGUCGGGUGGCUCUGACGCUGUGGGCUCAGCCGAUGAUGUCGUGCGUUGCGCUGCUUUGCCUCUGCCGCUGUGGGCUCUGCCGAUGAAGCUGGGCCCGUGUUGCGGGGUUUGGCCACUUUGUUGCGGGCCUGAUGUUGUUGUGUUGCUGUGCCCGUGUUGCGGGUGUUGAGGGCCUGAUGUUGUUGCGCGGGCGAGCGGUUUUUUUUUUUUUUUUUAUUAUAUAUA